AUGAGGAAGCCGCUGAUUCUAAGGGCCUUUUCUGUGGCUGUGACCUUGACGCCGUUGCGCUCAUUGCCUCCGUCCCGAUGUCUGUUCUCCACCUCGGCGUCGGCGGCUACGGCUGCGGGUGGCAUCGUGGCGGUGAAGAAGGUGACCAAGUCGAACUUCACCUCGGCUUUGGAAGAACUGCGGGCCCAAGUCCGCGCUUCAGAUUUCGUCGCCGUGGACCUAGAGAUGACAGGCGUGACGAGUGCCCCCUGGAGAGAGGCUUUUGAGUUUGACCGCUCCGACGUACGCUACUCGAAGGUGAAGGACUCUGCGGAGAAAUUCGCCGUUGUGCAAUUCGGGGUUUGCCCUUUCCGGUGGGAUGAUACAAAGGAGUCUUUCGUCGCCCAUCCGUGAGUUUCCUCUUCCUCCCGUCAUUGUCUUUGCUUUGUUUUAUGCAGUAACAAUAUUUCGUUACUCGACACUGACAGUUAUUUUGUCAUGAACGAUUAUUCAUCGUAAUUGUUGGAAUUAUUCGCACGAAGGCCAGUGUUCUACAAUGCUAAUGCCAUAAUUUGAGUUUAGUGGGCCAAGUUAAUUCUUUGAGUGAGAUUAUCCUAGCCUUUUCAUCUCACGUUCCCUUGAGCUACUUAGCAUUUGUCCCAGCGUUGAAUCAAGAUUCUUCAAUUUCAUCUGCAUGUAUGUGGAUUUUUCUAGAGGUAGUUAUUCCAUGGUUAAUAAAAUACAAACUUUGGAAUACACUGAGGCUCAUUCUGGAUGGCACGAUGGUGUACAUAAAAGACAGCAUACACUGAAGGAGAAACUAAAAAGGAUCUCAAAGAACCUGCACCUCCUAGAUAUCCCCAAUGUAACUUGUAGCCUUAAUUCUGGCCCAGAUGCAGGAAGUUUCCUGUCCAUGAGUCAGUGAGCUAUCAUAAUCCCCCUCUUCUUUAAAACUCCAACUAUUCGUUUCACUGAGCAUGCUUGCCACUUUGGUUUGAGUUCCAUUUUUGCUGCAGUUUGAUGAGCUUAAAUUGGGGUAUGGUGAAUGGACUGAAUAGGUUUAAGUAGGAAUGCCCGAAGGAUGUUAAACUGCCUUUUGGGGUUACUAAUUAGCUCAACUAUGAUUCAACACAAAAGUUGGUGAAUCCCAACCUCAAAAGAAGGCCGAAUGGAUGUCAAACCUUUUUGUCUACUCAAACAUGCACUUGGUAUGGAAAGCAAUUGAUCCUAGCUUUUAAUGAAUGCAUGACAAACUAUCAUGCGUAAUACAACUCAAUUUGGUGACUACUUUAUUAUUUAAAUGUCAUGCGCAUUAUAUAUGAAGUUUGUGAAAAAAAAAGGUUUCAUGCACCUACUACAGGUUCUACUGGCUUAUCAUUUUAACUGCAUCAUGUGCUAUUCGUUACUGUAUUUUUCUUGUAGUUAUAUUCCAAGGAAUGAGACCUUGUUUAUCCUAUUUUUUUACUUUUGACGGCUAAUACUUUUGCAAGGUUUUUCAAUAUAGUUGCAUAUUAAAAUGGACUGCUCAACUACAUAUCUCAUUUUUCAACAGGCACAAUUUCUACAUAUUUCCUCGGGGAGAGCUUUCAAUUGAUGGGCCAUGUAAUGAAUUUCACUGCCAGACUACUUCGAUUAACUUUUUGGCUAAAUACCAGUUUGAUUUUAAUGCAUGCAUUUAUGAAGGUACCAUCCCUAUCUUGCCUGCACGUAUUUUAUGACAGAUAAAAUAUGUUUUUUGAACAAAAUUCAGUUAUGACAGAAUAUUGCUUAGUUGGCCAGCAUUAUAUAAUGGUCAAGAGAGGAAUAGAACCAUAGUUGUCUGAAACUUAAAACCCCCCUCUCCCCUGGACAGAGAAUGAAGGGGAAAAAAAAAAGGGCAGUCAGAUCUGUUAGAGAGUGCAUAAAGCUAUUCGGAUACAGCAGGCUAUGUUUAGGCUAAUUCACUGGUGUAAUUUGCUGAUUUUUACAGUUGUGUACUAGUCAGCUCGGGGUUUUCAUCUAGUGAUGUAUGUGGAAAUGUAACUUUCUAUCAUUUGAUUUGGAAGAUAUAACCAGCAUCAGGCCACAUCUCUACCGAAUCAGCCAAAUUUAGAUUGUUAACAUUAACAAUAGUGGCUUUAUUUAUAAAAUGUCAAUAAAAUAUUAAAAUCCAUGCCAAGACAACUCUCCCAUUGUCUCCCACCCGUUCACCAGCUGAUUGAUGCUGGCGGCAGUGGUAGUAGGCCUCAGUCACCCCUGCUGAAGCCAAACUGGCUGAGGAUGUUGCUGCCUCCAACAGCAAAGGCUGGUUUUCUUUCAUUUUUUGAACUUCCUUCUCUACCUCUUCUAUCUUGCUUUCCUUCCUUCUUCCACCACCCCAGAAGGCCUCUUAGUGACUGGGGACCUUUCAAAGGCCAGUUGAAGCCCUAACUAGGUUACUAUUAUGGUUUUAUUUUUUUUGGGUCCUGCAACUCCCACAUUAAUGCCGUUCAAGAUGAUUUAAACCUAGGUGUGUAGAAGUCAAAGAGAAAAUCUGUCACAGUUGGUCAGUCUUGAAGGGCGACUUUUGUUUUUAGUGAUUGAUUUGGUUUGACCUCUUUGGGUGGAAGCACGAGUUUCCUGGAGAGGUGCACUGUUGUGAGAUCACUCCCCAGACCCCUCCAUGCAUUACCCAGCAGAGGUUGUCCUGUUCCCGUUUUGAAAGAUCCCCCUGAUUGCGGCUGCUGUUGGUUUCAAGAGCUGUGGGAAUCUGGUUCUGGCCUUCAGUGCUGCCUUUUCGUGUUAUGGUUUAUAAUUCAUUGGAAAUUUCGGUAGAUAUUUAAUGUUUGUUGUUGCUACUACGUACACAGUAGCUACGAUGCAUACGUCUUUGUAUGAUGAGUGAAGAUCCUAGAUUAAUUUUCUUCAUAAUCGUAGUAUGUUUGGAAAAUUUGGUGUAUUUACGUCAUUUGAAUAAUCUCAGGAAUAUCAUAUUUGUCAAGAGCACAAGAAGCCAAAGCUCUGAAUGGUAUGUCUGCGGAAACUGAGGGGAGAUUAUCAAAUUCCAUGAAAAGUGGAACUGAACCUUCGGAGAUGCCCUUAGUGCGUACGGCUGAUGUACUUUUUACAGAAAGGAUGAAGAUUAGAUUCCAUGAGUGGCAUAACAGUAUAGUAAACUCUCAAGGUGUGCACUGUACUGAGGGAGGAAGUAACAGCUUCAAAUCUCAAUUUCAGACCAGCUUCUUCAAGAUGCGUCCAGCUAUUACAUUGAGUGGAUUCAGCUCUCGUCAGCAUAAAUUAAUUCAAAUGGUAUGUGCUCUUUUGUUUUAAUUCAGUUUUCACCAGCACAAACUUAUUCAACUGUUUGACAUCUUUUGCUCAAGCUUUCUAAAGCCCCCCAAAAGUGGGGUAAGAUUACAUGCUUGUGGGAUACCAGAUAUUCUUCAUACAAUAUCUUGUCACUUCCGUCAGCCAUAUGCCUUUUCGAUCCUCUGUUUUUGAUAAUUUUACUUUAAAUGUCUUAUGAAAAAAAGAAUGAAUGACUUGCCUGUUUCAACUUUGAAUCCUCUGAAUUGAUGUGAUUUUGGAUGACACUUUCGUUUUAUAUUUUUUUUCUGAGAAUCAGAUCAAGUAAUGCUCAGGAAGAAUUUUUUGGAUUUAUUUUUAUACUUUCCAUUGUGAAUAAAUAUUCACUUAAUUGCUCGUAAAUGGUUAAAUAACAUGGUUUUUUUCCAUGUCCAUGACCUAGUUUCUGUGUAUACAAAAAAGGGAUGAGAAACCAUGUCAACCAUCUAGCUACGAUUCAUCUAUUAUUCCGCCUUUUGUGUUUCUCAUUGAUUUUUUUUUUCCUGAUCUUUCUUCUCUUCUAACUAUAUUUUAUGCUAUAAUAUGAGAUGUACUGUACUAAGCAGAUGAUCUUGCUCUAAAUAAUGAAAAUUUGUUUUCAGGUCAUUAGAAAGAAUUUUGAUGAUCUUGUAUAUGUCUGUGCGACUGGUGACAACUUGGAAGAUCAAAAGAAAGUGGUUUAUGCAGCUUCCAAGGAUGAUAAAGUUUUGCUUAUGGUACGAUACAGGCUGAAAGUGGCAGAAAGAUCUUUCUCCGUUGUAGUAACAAGCUGGAUAUUGAUUAGAUUUUGCAUCUGGUCCUCACCAUGACUUAAUAUUUUUCCAUUUCUUUUCUCCCAUAGUGAUUGCUUUCACAUUUAUUAAAAAAAAAGACAUAGAAGACUGUAAAAUAAUUGAAGUCUAACGGUCAGAAUUGUGCCAUGUCUGACCUAAAUCUUAUUAAUGCUAGACAUAUGUUAAACCUAUAACACAGUCUAGAAAAAAUUAUGGUUGACGAUCAAGCCAGAAAAGGGAGACCAAAUAAAACCAACUCUUUGCAAAUGUGAUUAUGGUUAUGCACCCGCCCAAGUUUUAACCCAUUAAACCGUUGAUCUUAUUUUUGGUGAUUUUGUCUAGACUUAUUUGGUUUUCAGUCAUAUGAACAAAACACCUUAGUCAGCAAUGGUGUCAAAUCUCUUCUUAGAGGGCUUGUUAUUGCCUUCAUCCCCACUCUUGUUCUUUGUUGGUUCAACACUAUUGCAUGAGAUAUCUGUACUCCUACAUGGUGCCGCAAAGAUUCACCAGAUUUUGUGGUGAAGACCAGAAAGCGAUUUAUUGAUUCCGUCCUCUCUGUGUACGUCUCGUUUGUCAGCGUUUCACCAUCCCUGGCAUGGAGAUGUUUUCUGGUUGAACCCCAUCAUAUUGCAGCAGCCCAGACAAAGACUGUAUUAUCUUCAGUGAAAUAUACGUGCUUUCUCAACAAUGUCAUUGAUCCGCAGAAUUAUGGACCAUUCACUCAGCACCAAAAUUCUGCUUGUUGUUGCACAGGUUUUAUCAAGAUUUAUAUGUUAUCUAUUAGCAACAGUUUUUUUUUAUACUUUUCCCAUUGGAAGACCCAGAAAAGAUGUUCUUUUGUCACUCGAUAUUAUUUGUUCCUUACAAGUGGCGGACAUAUAUAAAUACAACUGAAGCAAGGGAGUUGGUUUUAUUCUUGCAACAAGAAAAAAUAAAUGAUUGUAUUGACUUGUGACUCGUAAUGUGGCAAACAAUAAAUAAUAUCUGCCUUUUCUUUGGGAAAAUAAAACGAUCCCAUCUGGUCUAAUGCUAUACGCAUUCAUUAAUUCGAUAAGAUUCUCCAAUAGUCCCUGGAAGUAUGCAGUGUGCGUUUCUGGAAUAUCAUCAAUCAUCUUUCUUUUUUUCACGUUAACUUGUGCAUCAAAAACGGUAAUUUUUUUGUUCUAUUCAUUUUCUUUCCACAGGAAGAGAUCCGGAAUGAUUUAUUAAAUAUGUCUAAGGAAAAAUUAGCAUGUGCAGUGGGCUUUCGACAAGUUAUUGAUCUCCUUUCGUCAGAAGACAAGUUGCUUGUGGGCCACAAUUGCUUUUUAGGUACAUUUGCCUGAUAAAGAGUUUCCUUCACUUAUCUUAAAUACUGAAUUUUCCUUUUCAUGUGAUACAGAUUUUGCACAUAUAUACAGCAAAUUUAUUGGGCCUCUCCCCUCCUCAAUAACUGAAUUCGCUUCAGCAUUACACAAAACUUUUGCACACAUUAUUGACACCAGGCAUCUCUUGAAGGCAAACCCUGUGAUUCGUCAGCUAAUAAAGAAAAACAGCACUUCUCUCUCUUCAGCUUUCUCUCUGUUAUGUCCUCACAUCUCCCUUGCCUCUCACAAUAUCAGGUCAGCUUCAUAUUCAGAUGUGAAAGUUGAGGUGAAGGCAGAUGCUACUGGGUAUGAUUCAAAUAUCUAAUGUCAUUUGAUCCUUAAUUUCUGCAUGUGGAUUUUAGGCUUCUUUCAUUAUCACAUUGGUAUUAUGCUGAUCUUUGCAAAAAUUCUCUACUUGUGUGAUUUUGCAUGCCUGUGCAUAGAAAAAGUAUCUCCCUGUGAAACUCUUGAUUGAGAACAUUCUACAAAGCAUAAUCUUACAGUGGUCAUGAUUUGCUCUACAUUUUUUUUCUAAAGUUACGCUCAAAUUUAUGACUGCUUAAAACGACAUGGAAUUAUGCAGAUCAUUUAUUUGAAACUCGUACAACUUCAAUUAGAAAAAAAGAGAACUUGUAGGGAUAAAAGGUGUACUCGUGUCUCUACAAAAUACUGAGCAACCUCUGGAUGAAAAUCCUUCUUCCCUCACCUUCGAACAUAUGUUUCCUCCUGAAGUUUUAAGUUGACAAUUAAAUUCGUUGUUGUGAAAGGAAACUAGGCAUGUGGAUGUCUGGGUAGCGGUUCUCUAGUUCUUGCCGACGACAGAGACUUUACUAAUUUAUGUAUAGCUUUAAAAAUUAGAUGAUGAUAUUUAUGAUGAUAAUUUACUAAUUAGGUUGUCACUUCGUUAUCCGAUGUAGCUUAAGAAUGGAUGAGACAUCCUGCUGACAGUGUUGAACAUUUGAUAUUGUUUGUUCUGGAAACUAAGUACAUGAAGUUCCAUAAUUUUGAACUUCACAAUGAAAAACAGUUUAUCCAUAGGAUCCCCAACAGUUCGGGGGGGUGGGGGGGGCUUCUGUAGUCCAGCCCAGACGUGGCCAUUUCCUACGAGGCCAGGCAUGUUGAAGAGCCCUCAAAAUAUAUUCCGUACUAAAUGGGGAGGGUUCUUGUGGCAAUAUUUUUGCACGCUCUUUUAUUUUAAAAUUUAUUUAUUUAUUAUUUAUGUCAUUGUUAUCUUUCGGUGAAGUCACCCCGCAGUAGGUCUCCCUUGGGUGGGGAGAAUCGAUGGAGUGAGGGGUUGGAUUUCAAUGCUAACCUAAGGGAAAAAAGUGGGUUGUGCUGGCCUAGGUCCCACUGAUUUUAUACCUUUCGGUGUAAUGUUAGGAUUCGCUCAUUAUAUCUGAUUACUGCAACGAAAAAGUUAGGAGAAAAAGACACCUACUUAGUUCUGUUCUCAUCUUGCAGGUCAAAUUCAGGUGCCAAGCAUGAAGCUGGCUAUGAUGCUUUCAUGACCGGAUGCAUAUUUGCCCAGUCAUGUAGCCAUUUGGGCAUUGACUUUAAACUCCCAUCAGCAUCAACAAAACUGGCCGAGAACCCUAAUCUUCAGAACCACAUCAAUCUUCUUUACCCAAGUUGGAAUUGUGGGGUGGUCAUCAAUCUGCAGACUGGUGAAGAGAUCAUGGAGUCGAGCGCUCAGCUGUUCAAGUGGAGGUACCCUAAGAUGAUCUUUGAUAAUACCAUCAUCCUCUGGGGAUUUUCUGCUACGAUCAAGCCAAGGGAAUUGAAAGAGUGCCUAUGCACAGCGUUUGGCCAGGAUUCUAUCACCUCAAUCUUCUACUUAGAUGCAACUGCGGCACUCGUUCAAUUUAGCAAGCAAGAACUAGCCUCAGAUUUUUUAAUCUUGAAAGACUCCCUAGAGAGAAAUGAUGAUGCAAUAAGAGUGCUCCAUCCUCUUUCAAGACUGUUAGACGGAGGUCGGACCAGUGCUGGAAGUUAUGAAAUCUACAAGAAAUUCUGUUGCUCCCCUAUUUCUAAGCCUUUGAUUGCAGAGCAGGCUGAAGCGAUGGGCAUUAGAUGGGAGACGAGUGCUCCACAGGGGUUUCCAGGUUGCAGUAAAGGCUCUGACAGCAGAGUACAACACCUUACUUCGGCUUCUGUUGCUAAACAUAGUGAAGGGGAUGUGGGUCCAGUUAGGAAGGACCCUCACCGCAUUUCAUGUGAAGAUAUAUUGGAUUCCUUGUAUGCUUCUCAUGCUUUGGUCGGGAGAUGA